GAGAUUGUACGUUCGAAAAUACAAAUAUAGACAAAGUAAGAAAGCGGUGAGCGAGAAAGCAAACCUCCUGACUGCAGUCGACUGGUACAGUUCGUACGCUUUCGAACCGACUCGUCCUCCUACAAUUCAUUAAAUAAUCCACGCUUGUUUAUAUCAUAGCUGUACGGGCUGACGAGCAAACCGGGCAACUGCAUUUCAGACCACAAAUAAAAGUAUUUCAUUAAAUAUUCAAGUCUAAUUAGAACCAGCUGGAGCACGUGAAGAUGGCCGGUACCUUAACCAAAUUCUGCAAGACCUUCGGUUCUGGGGCGCAACAAAGGGCGAGCGCAAUUGCCUCAAUUCAACAAAAACGCAACUAUGCCGGAGGUGCACGUGUGGUCGCAAAAAAUCCGGUGGUGGAAAUGGACGGUGAUGAGAUGACGAGAAUUAUCUGGGAAAAAAUUAAGGAAAGACUGAUUUUCCCAUACGUAAAACUCGAAUGUCUUUACUAUGAUCUGGGUUUACCCUACAGAGAUCAAACUGACGAUCAAGUCACUAUCGAUGCGGCCAACGCUAUCUUGAAACAUAAUGUUGGUAUAAAAUGCGCAACAAUUACUCCAGAUGAACAAAGGGUAGAAGAAUUUAAAUUGAAGAAGAUGUGGCUGUCGCCGAAUGGUACUAUUAGGAAUAUCUUAGGUGGAACAGUAUUCAGAGAACCUAUUCUUUGCAAAAACAUUCCAAAACUUGUACCUGGUUGGACCAACUCGAUCAUCAUUGGUCGUCACGCUCACGGUGAUCAAUACAAAGCCAAAGAUUUUCUAGUAACAAAACCUGGCAAAGUUGAAAUUGUUUACACUGCCAACGACGGUGAAGUGCAGAAAUAUGACUUGUUCACUUACAAGGGAUCCGGUGUUGCUCUAGGCAUGUACAACACCGACGAAAGUAUCCGUGCAUUUGCUCAAUCAUCGUUCCAAGUGGCUCUCGCUAGAGGAUGGCCUCUAUAUUUGUCUACCAAGAAUACAAUCUUGAAGAAAUACGAUGGCCGUUUCAAAGAUAUUUUCCAGGAAAUUUAUGAAAAGGAAUACAAAGCAAAAUACGAAGCUAAAAAGAUUUGGUACGAGCAUAGGUUGAUUGAUGAUAUGGUUGCUCAGGGUUUGAAGUCUAGUGGAGGUUUCGUGUGGGCCUGCAAGAACUACGAUGGCGAUGUACAAUCUGAUAUUAUUGCUCAAGGUUACGGAUCACUGGGAAUGAUGACUUCAGUCCUCAUGUGUCCAGAUGGAAAAACCAUCGAAUCCGAAGCUGCGCAUGGAACUGUUACCAGACAUUACAGGCAACACCAAAAGGGACAACAAACUUCAACAAAUCCGGUUGCUUCCAUUUUCGCAUGGACCAGAGGUUUAGAACAUCGUGCAAAGUUGGAUGGAACUCCAGACUUAGCUAAAUUCUCCAAAACGCUAGAACAAGCUUGCAUUGAUUGCGUCGAAGGUGGCAGAAUGACAAAGGAUUUGGCCGCUUCGAUCCAUGGAUUACCUAACGUCAAGGAAGGAAUGUAUCUUAAUACUCAAGAUUUCUUGGAAGCAAUUGCUGAGCAACUAGAGAAAUCUGUAAAGAAAUAAAUGAACGCAGUCGCAAGAUAUUAAACAAUGCAAAACUUAAUUAGUUUUAUAUAAUUUUUUAAAUAAAAUAUUUUUUUAAUGUA